UUUGUCGUCAUCAUCAGGGGAAGCUUCAUCUAGCGAUAUUCACUGUCCACAGUCAGAUGCUAUGAGCGAUUUUAUCUGUUAAAAGCGAAUUGUCUGGUCUUUCUUCAGAGAUGGACUCCCAGAAUUCUAACCUGAUGUGUAUCAUAUGUCUGGAUCGUUUCCGGAUCCCUGUGACCAUCCCCUGCGGACACACCUUCUGUCAAAAGUGCAUCACCACUCACUGGGACACCAAGAGCAAGGCGGACAUCGGACCUCAUUGCCCCAUCUGCAACCAGGCGUUCGAAAGCAGGCCCGUCCUCAAGCGAAACGUGUCCCUGUCCGUCCUGACGGAGGCCGCGAACAGCGGUGGCCACCCCUGUAGAGAGUCGCUCAUGAGGGGUGAGGUGGCCAGAGCCAUGCUGCUGUGCGAUCGUCAUAAAAAGCCCCUGGUGUAUUACUGCAGACAGGACAGGAUGUCGGUGUGCUGCGAGUGUGGGAUCUCUGAAUGCGAGGCCCAUGACAAAGUCCUGUUAGAGGCCGAGAGGGAAAAUCAAGAGCUGCUGCUGGAGAGGAAGAGUAAAGAGGUUGGAAAACUCAUCGAAGAAACGCAGAAGAGGAUAAAUGACUUAGCUGAGAAUAUCAGUCAAGCAAAGGUGACUCUUCAACAGACUUCAACCUGGGUCAGCGUCAAGUUCGAGUCCCUGAUAAAGGUUCUGGCCGAGAAACAGGAAGCCACACAGCUUUUCAUCGACGAGCAGAAAGAGGGCGCCAUCACUGAGGCGGAAGCACGACUGGCUGAGCUGGAGGAGAACGCACAGAGACUCCAAGAGAGCCAAGACCAGAUUGCUGGUCUGCAUAAACUCUCCGAUACUGAGCUCAUCAAGGAAUCAAUGCUCGUAGAGGUUCCACGUUUUAAGGAAAUUCCCAUAGACGUAGCUCCUAACCUUCAGGAUCGGUUAAGUGGCGUCACCGAAAUCCUGUCCCGUGUCUCCAAGCUGGUGUCGGAGGACCUGGAGCGAGCUGUGAGCACAGCUGUGGGUCAGGACAAAGAUGGUUCCCCUCAGGACAAGAGGCCGAUCGGAGCUGUGGUUCCCAGUCCAGCUGCUCCGUGCCACCCUGCUGGUAAAGAAGGCCUCAGCGCUUACCGAUGCUCUCUCACCUUCGACCCUCGUACGGCCAACGGACACCUGUCUCUGUCUCAGGAGAACCGGAGGGCGGAGCACCUGACUUCCGGACCACGACCCGUCCCGGCUCACGAAGCCCGCUUCGAUCACACCUGGCAGGUUCUCUGCUUUCAGGGCUUCACGCAUGGGCGGCACUACUGGGAGCUGGAGGUGUCCAAGCCGUGGGCCUACCUGGGGGUGACCUAUGAGGCCCUGCCCAGGAAGGAGAAAGGUAAGCAGUGCAUGGUGGGUAUGAACGAACUGUCGUGGAGCCUGCAACUGGACGAGCAUCAGCUCAACGCCUGGCACAACGGCCGGCGGGAAACGCUGACGGGACACUCACAGCACAGGCGCAUUGGAAUGCUGCUGGACUACGAGGCGGGGACACUCACCUACUACGGAGACGGGCAGACGAGGCUCCACGCCUUCCACUGUGCCUUCAGCCACGAGCUCUUCCCCGCCUGCUGGAUAGGAGAGGGGGUCAGCAUCACCCUCUGCUCCGCGUGAGCCGACUUGGGAAGAGAAGUGAUGAUGGAAGGUGGGCGCCAGCUGUCUCAACAACACUUUUAAAAAAAGUCUUUCCUUUUUUAUAUUUUAAUGACUGCCUAAGCUUCUGUUUGAAGCAGGAGAGUUGACUGACUGUGGGCUUUCUCGCCCCCAAAAUUAACUACUAUGUUUUAUUUGCUGUACAUUAUCUCUUAACAACACAAUGACAGAGCGAAUGGAGAGAAACUCUAAAAAGGUCCUUGAGGUUCUAGUUUUAAGACUGCUCUACAAUAUUCCGUUUUUGUUUUGCUUUUUAAUAGCAGAUAGGAAAUAGACUGGUCUUUUAUUUUCAGAGAGUAGUCUAAGCUCAAUGUGUCAGAUUAUUGAACAUUUACUGCACAAAAUACUUUUUCCUUUCUCGACGACCAGUGAAUUUAUUACACGUGGUUGAGCAAAAAGUCUGGUUCCUCUAUUGGAAGUAGAUGAAACUCAUGCACAGACACAAGAGUCAUAGCAACAAAAUAAGUAUUAAAGAAAAAGGGCACUUUUUUUAAAAAGCCAUUUGUUAAGGUAUCGUCACCUAGACAUGGGUCAGUAUACGAUUUUAUCGCACUCAAAUUAAGUCAAUUGUGGUGAAUUUGUUUUAUCAGGAUCAUUUUGAAUGGGAAACAUUGCUAAUAUUGACUUUGCCCAACUCGACUACAUACAGUGCUACUGAAAGUACCACAAGGGGGAGCCUGAGAGCCAUUUUAAAACAUUUUAUAUUGUGAAAUUAUUGUAUUAAUUGAGAUAAUUGCGACUUGAUUCAUCCCAUGCCUAGAAACACAAACUUUGGACUUACUCAACUUCAACCUCUCAGCUCAAAACAAGUAGAAACAUCAAACAUUUUCAUCAGGCAGAAUCCAGUCAACAGACCACUUAAUGAUGCUGUGCACACAGUACGAUACGGUACACAAA